AGCACAGCCGAACUCACUGCUCACUCAGAAGUGUAAAAGGGACGUUACAUGCCAUCACUUCAGAGUCUCAAAAAGUCUCCAAGAACGCCAGAAAAAGUAGCUAGAUUUGUCGCUAGUCGCUUUUUACAAAAAAAGUCACUUGGGGGGUCUGAAAUCUCGCUAAAUAUGGCGACAAAGUCGCUAAAUUGGCAACAAUGCAGGCGCGCCUGGGCGAGUUCACCUGCAUCCUACAACGUCACCCUUUCGCCGAAACUACCUGGCGGCGAUAGCCUACUUAUUUCCGCAAUUGGAGGUCGGAGUCAUUUUGAAGUCUCGCCGUGAGCGCCAUAGACAUUUCUUUUGGAGUGGAACCCAACAGGAUUAUUUAUUGGAUUUAUUUUACAAAGGGGUUUGAAUCUGAUGGAGGUUUGUUGGUGCUUGCGCUUCGGAGCUUUUCUUCUCCUUCUCCAGGCACCAUCGUGUGUAACUGGAGAGAAAUCAUCAUGCGCACCUGGCUUUGAUUCAGAACUCUAUGUAUUCAAAGUCGAUAGAGUUCAUCUUCACAUUGGCCGGAGGCUUGGUAAAGUGGUUUUCGAUGACUGUACCGGCCGCAAACGAAUUGUGUUGGAUUCGGCAGACAGCCGUUUUAAAGUGGACACUGAUGGAACAGUGAAGCUGAAGAGACAAGUGACCCUGCAUGAUGGACACAAGAGGUUUUCACUGCACGCGUGGGACUCCCAAGGCAGGAAGCACACAGUGGCUGUUCGUGUGGAGCUCGACCGGCCUCACCAGCACCACCACCACCAGGUGGACUUGCACCAGAUGGACUUGCACCAGCCUGAUGUGACUGAAGCAGUUCCAGCCGUGCCAGUCCUGGUGUUUCCAAAGUCAUUUGGUGGUCUAAGGAGGAGGAAGAGGGAUUGGAUUAUCCCUCCCAUCAACUUUCCUGAAAACUCCAGAGGCCCUUUUCCACUGAAGAUGGUGCAGAUAAAAACCAGCUAUGCUAAGGAGGUGAAGAUCAUCUACAGCAUUACUGGUCAAGGGGCAGACGACCUUUUUACAAUUGACCGUAAGACGGGAUGGCUUUACGUCACUCAGCCCUUGGACAGAGAACAACAGCCUUCCUAUACGCUUCUUGCCCAUGCAGUAUCAGAUGGUGGUGGGAAAGCAGAGGAGCCCAUGGAAAUCAAUGUCCUUGUAAUUGACCUAAAUGAUAACAGGCCUAUCUUUGUGAAAGAUCCUUUCCUGGGAAGUGUUGCAGAAGCAUCAAAAAUAGGCACUGAGUUUAUGGCCGUUAAUGCCACUGACGCUGAUGAGCCUGGAAAUGCAAACGCUGACGUCAGAUACAAAAUCCUGAGUCAAGAUCCACCAAUACCACUAAAGGAUAUGUUUGACAUCAAUCCUUUAACAGGAAAAAUCAGGGUGAAGAACAGUGGGCUGGAUAAAGAGAAAAUUCAUGAGUACACUUUGGAAAUUCAAGCAGCUGACAAUGAAGGAAAUGGUCUACUAGCCGAGAGUGCAGCAAUUAUUACCGUAACUGACAGCAAUGACAAUGCUCCAAAGUUUGACCCAUCUCAGUACACGGUGACUGUGCCUGAGAACAAAGUGGGGGAAGUGGUGGUGAAGAUGCCUGUAACGGACGACGAUGAUCCCAACACCUCUGCCUCAGCAGCCAAAUUCAAGAUCAUCAGUGGAGACCCAGCAGGGAUGUUCAGUGUUGAGACAGGCCCCAACAAACAGGAGGGCAUCAUCAAGACUGCCAAGCCUCUGGACUUUGAAGCUGUGGCCAAGUACACGCUGGUGGUAGCAGUGGAGAACGAAAUCCCGUUUGCAGUUGCUCUGCCAACAUCCACUGCUCAGGUGGUGGUGAAUGUUGGGGAUGUCAACGAGGCUCCCAUCUUCAGUCCAGCAGAGAAGACCAUUUCUAAGCCUGAAAAUGUACCUGUUGGCACACCACUAGUGGAGUACUUAGCCAGAGAUCCUGACACCGCUAUGAAGCAGAAAGUGACGUACAAAGUAGGCAGCGAUCCAGCUGGUUGGCUGAGUGUCGAAAAAGACUCAGGAAUAAUUAAAGUCAAGACUGACAUGGACCGGGAAUCUACCUUUGUUAAAGACGGCCUGUACAAAGCCCUGAUUCUGGCUAUGGAUGAUGAUUUGGUCCCUGCGACCGGUACUGGAACACUCAUUAUUCAGUUGGAAGACGUGAACGACAACCCUCCAGCAGUGGUGGAGAGGCUGGUGAAGGUGUGCAAUGAGGAGCCACCUCCCAUUCUGCUCGCAGUCACAGAUCAAGACACUGAAAGUAACGGUCCUCCUUACGGAGUACAGAUGACCGGGGACUCAGCCAAAAACUGGACAGCAACAAUGAACGACACAAGUACUGGCAUUAUACUCCGAUUGAAAAACAAGUUACCGGAAGCAAAAUACAGCAUCAGGCUGGAUGUCCGUGACACCCAUGGCUUGAGCCACGUAAGCAUUGUAGAAGCCCAAGUGUGCAACUGCAAGGGAGCUGACUUUGCCUGCACAGAUAGGGAUAUCGGUGCAGCAGGAUUCGGGCUUCCUGUCAUCCUGGGAAUCUUGGGAGGCGUCCUGGCCCUACUCUUGUUGGUCCUGUUUCUGCUCAUGUUCAUGAGGAGGAAGAGCAACAUGAAGAAGGACCCGCUCCUGCCAGAGGACGACAUCAGGGACAACAUCUACUACUAUGAUGAGGAAGGCGGAGGAGAAGACGACCAGGAUUAUGACUUGAGUGUGCUACACAGAGGCCUGGAUAACCGGCCAGAAGUAUUCAGGAAUGAUGUGAUUCCCACCUUCAUGCCCGCACCACAGUAUCGACCACGUCCUGCCAACCCUGAAGAUAUCGGGAACUUUAUUGAUGAUAAUCUGAAGGCAGCUGACAACGACCCCACGGCGCCACCGUACGACUCGCUGCUGGUGUUUGACUACGAGGGCGCGGGCUCCGAGGCUGGCUCCCUCAGCUCCCUCAACUCCUCCAGCUCAGGAGGCGACCAGGACUACGACUGCAUCAACGAGUGGGGCCCGCGCUUCAAAAAGCUGGCCGACAUGUACGGUGGAGGAGAGGAGGAAUGAGGGGACGCACUCUUUUAAUGGGAACAACUGUCCUAAACCAUCUCGUUCUAAACAAAAGCCACUGCUGCGUGCAUUUUCAGCAGCAAAAAUGUUUUUAAUCUGAUGGUGGGCUUUAUCUUGAAGGUUACAUGCUUUGUUAUAUUUUAAAUAAUGACCGUAAAGCAAGGGCAAGCCCAUUUUUGUAGCACUGAUGGCCAUUUGAAUUGAAGGGCACUGAGUGGAAUUGGGCAUUGAGCGGAAUUGCUCCUCAGAUGGCAUACAGCCUUGACACAUGUCAGUUAAAUGUUUUAUAUCACUUUUGCUUGUUUUUCUGUUGUAAACCGUUUUUUAACAGAAUUUAAUCACUCAGUCUGUUGAGGGCGUAUUAAAGAAAGGGUAAUUUUUUUUUUAAAUCAGUUUUCUAUUUGUCAAGCUUUUUUAUGUUGCUCAUUACCCUCCUUUACCCUCUGAUUGUUUUUCAUGAUGCUCUAAUGUUUCUUUGAAGCAUGUGCUUUUUAUGGACUGUGAUGGCAUUCAGAUUCAAGGUGACGAUGUAAAUAUUUUAUUAAAUAAACUUCUUACACCUAGA